GACGACCUCUUGGGCUUUCGCACCCAAGCUGGCAUCGAGCAAUCUCCGCUACCAACUGAAAAUCGUUUGCUCAGCCCACUAGAGGGCUUUCAAAACUUGCAUCUAUGCAGACUCUCCGGGCGGCGCAACUCGCACGGCCCAGGAUCUUGGUGUCUCGGUCUGUGCGCAUGAGCGGCAUGAGCUCCCUCGUGGAGGACGCAGCUGCGCCCCCGGGCCCCCGCAUCUACACACGAAAGGAUGGCUGGCGUGUGUGGCCUCCGCGCACUCCCGACAACUCCUGGAAUGGUUUCGUGGGCAACUGGCACUGCGACAUCCACGACCCCAAGGAGUACACAGUGGUGCAAACGCUGCGCACAUGGCGCCCCAGGGACGCCAGCCGCAGUGUGUGGGACCAGACUAACGUGUACUCCGCCGCCCGGCCCGGGUCCAGCCUGCGGGACAGUCCCGCGGACGGCCUACACCAGAAACCCUUCGAGUACCCGGUGGACCGGACCACGUUUGACUCGCCGGUUGACACGGGCGUGAGGGGCCUGGUGGUCACAGUGGACGGCUCCACGCUUAUCCACAUGGGCGGUUUCAACCUGCCGCCCAUUGCCCUGGGGGCGGCACCCCCCGCAGCAGCACCGCCGCCGGCCGCUGCAGCAGCGGGCUCGGGAGCGCCUGCUGCUGCUGCUGCUGGCGGUGGCGGUGGUGCUGGCGGCGCGACGGCGGUAGGGCCCAUCGGGCCGAGCUCACGUGCCGGUGGGCCCGCUGCGGGUCCGCCGCCCGUGUGGGGCUUUGAAAUCUUCUUGCAUGACGGCCCCUGCCGCUGGAGCCUGGUGCUGCUGUACAGCACCCACACGGGGGAGCUGGCCAAGGUCACGUUCGUGCAGGAGUACGACACACACGCAGACCCAGCCACGCCGCACGUGCUGGCGGCCGCGGCGGCGGACGGUAGCAUCCGGACGGCGCGCCCCCAACUCAACGCCGCGGACCCCUCCCGCUGGCUGUCCGGCGGCGCCCUGAACGGCAAGGUCGUGUCGCGCCUGUGGGCGGCGGAGCCGGUGGCGGCGGCGGGGACUGCGGCGGCGGCGGAGGCUGUGGCGGGCGCCCGCCCCGGGUCCGGGGGCGUGGUCCGGCAGUUGAUGGUGGACGAGUCGUUGCAAGAGCUGGUGACGUGGGGCGCGGCCAGCAGCCUUCCCUCCACCUCGCUGCUGGUGCUGCCGCUGCCCGACUCCAUGUACCUGCGCGCGCCCGCCUCACUCAAGGACCUGAGGCAGCAGCAGCAGCAGCAAGCGGCUGUAGCUGGGUCUGUAGCUGCGUUUGAGUUUGGCGGGCUGUUACGCAGUGUGGAGGGCGGGCUGCAGCGGGUGGUGGUCCGAUACGACGCCGCGGCGGCGGACGGGGGGUUCGUGGAGGCCACCAGGGAGGUGUUCGUGCCUUAAGUCACACGUGGGGCCGCCGUGGGCCGUGGGCCGUGCGAGGAUUGCAUGAUAGCCAUGAUGCAUUGAUGUGAUCUGGCGUGCGCAUGGCGGUAAUGGCAGUGUAUGACGGUAAUGGCAGUUCAUGCGCGGAUUGGUAGCGCCGGAUGAGCGCCGAAGAGGUGAGCGCACAGGACAUGUGAAUUGCGGCGUGUUCCCUGCAUCAGGAAGUGAGCCAGUGGACGCGCGCUGGGCGAUGACUCUCCGCCGGCAGCAGACCACUGCGGACCCGCGCCGCCUUCCAACAAGCGCUCACACCGCCGCUAAGGCGAAGAGCGAAGGCGUAGUUAUAAGUGCUUAACGCUG